AUGGCAGCGGCAGCGGCAGUGGCAGUGGCAGUGAUGGUGGCAGUGGUGCUGAUGAUGGUGCUGAUGGUGGUGGUGGUGGUGCUGGCCUUGGUAGUGGCAGUGGGAGGGCGAGGGCCAGGCGGUUGCGGGUGCGGGUGCGGGAAGGGCCAUCACGUGACGGGCCAGGCAUUGGCGCACCAAUGGCGGGCGAGCUGUGGGCGGCCGGGAUAUUUUCUGCAGCAGCGCGCUCUGCACUCUGCGCGCAGGCAGCGAUGUCAAGCAACGGCACGAGGGAGAUCAGGGUGGCUCAGCAUCGGUCUCCAGCCACGAUCAGCAGUUGACGCUGAUGGCGAGCCAUGGGCGUGGCAGGGCUGCCAUGUUGGCAUGCAGCAGUUCACGCCGGGCUUCUUCUACAAGGCUUCGAUUGACGUAGAUGGCUUCGUCCGUGUUUGCAUGGCUACUCGCGCAAUGGCAUGCUCCGCGACAGGUCGUCUCAUUUCGCCUGCGACGGAAGCCGGAGAGGCAGCCGCCAAUGGCAGGCGGCAUGGAUAUUGGCUCGCGGGCGACGAGAACAGCAACGGUUCCUGGGGGGCGCUGGCGCUGGCGACGGGGCUGGCCUUGCACGGCGCGGUGCUGGCGUCCGAUGCUGGGUUUCAAGAGCCUGUCCCGUUGCUAACGGACACGGACACGGACGGGCAAUGGGGCUGUGGAAUGAAUACGCGCACAGGAAUGCGUCUUGCAUGCGCGACCCAUGUCUCUGCGCCCGCCUGGCGGCUAGCCCAAAGCGACGGCCAAGGCCUGACAGCACGCUAUGUACGCACCGCCGCGCAGCACGAGAGCGAGAGCGAGCAGGCCAGUCGGAACGGGCAAGGCCUUUUUCCCACUGCGCCCGUCGACGUCGCCCGCUGA